AUGGGUUCUGUUGUGGAAAGCUGCGUCGGGCAAAUCUUCCCGGCCAACGUCCGUGGCCGCUUGAGGCCGCCGAUCCCCGUCAGCUACUUCGGCAACGGGAUCAUCAUGCUGGGCGCGUCCGGCAAGGCGCGGGACGUCGCCUCGGAGGAGCACCUGGCGUCCAUCGCUGGCCGGAUCAGAGGCGCCAUCGGCCGGAUGGACGACGAGCUAGUGCAUUCGGCGAUCGACUACUUGGAGCUGGACUUGGGCGGCAGCAGCCUGCCGGCAAUGCCUGCGGGGAGCCUGCCGAAGACUGAGCUCAGGGUCGUCAAGUGGCUAGACAUGACGGCGUACGGCGCGGACUUCGGGUGGGGGAAACCGUUGGUGAUGCACAUGGCCGUGCAGCAGCGCGCCGGGUUCGUCUACCUCAUGGACGGCGUCGACGGCAGCGUGCCCAUACUGGUGUCCUUGGAGCAUGCGAUUCUCAACGACUUCCGGCGCCUGCUAUAUGCCAACGCAGCCAAGCUCUAGCUAGUCUACCCUGUUAUGUUAAUCUUGUUGAAAUAAGAUGGGCGUGUUCUUGA